AUGAAGAUUCUCGACUUAACGGUUGACUGUGAACAAGAAAUCGGCUAUUUUGCUGAAUAUAGUUACGGCACCGCGGAGGAAGCAUAUCUCUCCUCAGCCGCGUUCAUGGCUGAUGUGCUGCAGAAGCUUCCCGUUCCGCCACAUCAAGAUACUGCUCCCACUACAACAGCUCCGUCAAGAAGUAUGCCUGCAGUGUCCGUGCCUAAUUUCUCGGGUCAAUUUUGCGAUUGGCUCGAGUUCAAGGAUUUAUUCUUGGCGAUUAUUGUGUGUGACUCUCGUCUAAGUAACGUCGAGAAGCUGCAGCAGCUUAAAACCCACGUACAGGGUGAAGCCGCGGAGAUGCUGAAGACGAUUCAGCUUACAGACGCCAACUUCGAUGUCGCUUGGAAAGCUCUUGAAGACCAUUACACGAACAAGAGACGUCUUGUCUCAGCUCUUGUUCGAGAUCUGCUCAAUCUACCAGUCAUCACUAUAGAGUCUGCUUCGGAGCUCAAGGCAUUGCUUAGUGGCACAGACAAUGCACUUGCAGUGCUUGAGCAACUCAACCGCCACACGGACCAUUGGGACGAUUUGAUCGUUGCACUCACCGUUCGGAAGCUCGAUACUCAGUCUUUCUGUGAAUGGGAGUCGUCGAUUUGCUCUCAAACUGAUCCACCUACGUUCGCUCAGCUUGAUACCUUCAUAGAGCAGCGCAUCUCAAUGCUUGAGAUCAUUAGUGCAUCUGUGAAGGCCUCCAAGGUUAAGGAGAAGUCAAAAAGCCACGUUGCGCUUAACCAGUCGGACAAACGCCAUAAAUGCUUCUACUGUCAAGGGAAGCAUUUUCUCUAUCGCUGUGAAGAGUUUCACGGCAAAACUCCACAGAAACGCAGACAAUUCGUCGCCCAAAAGGGUCUGUGCACGAAUUGUUUCGGCUCACACAAGCUCACCGAUUGCAAGUCAAGCCAUCGUUGUCGAACUUGUUCCUGCAAUCAUCAUACGAUGCUGCACGAUGAGACGUCAUCCUCUGCACACGUAACGUCAUCAGGUACUUUGCCAGCUGUCUAUGGCAAAGACAGUCAAAUAUAUUGUCAUCUACAACUACCUGGUACUUCAGCUGUGUGCACGACGCUACUACCAACAGUACUCGUCCAGCUGCAAGGACCCAACGGACACAGACACAUUGCUCGUGCCUUGCUCGACAGCGCUUCACAAACCACGUGUGUCACAAAAAGCCUGUUAAAAAGGGCGGGCAUCGAUUAUAAACCGCAAGAACAUAGCUUGCUGAAAAUUGGCGGCUUUAAUGGCCCACUAGUGCAUGGAAUCGCACACCUCAAGAUUUCACCGCUAAACGACGACAAGGUCAAAAUCGGCUUUGACUCCCAAGUCAUCUCGCUCAUCAUGAAGUACUGUCCAGGCCGACACAAAAUUCAAAGCGCUUGGCAACAUCUAAAAGGCUUAGCAAUGGCAGACGAUUUUUGCGAGAGACCCUCAGAAAUCGAGCUGUUGCUAGGUGCCAAUAUCCUGCCUCAAAUGCUAAAGGAAGGACUACGAAUUGGAGCGCCAGGGACUCCAAUGGUUCAACGUACCAUUUUUGGAUAG